AUGGUUUCGCAGACCGAGAACAAUUUCGCAGCAGAGUUAUGCGUAUUACGCAUAGAACCCCCACGUGAAGACGAGACGUUCGAGAAAGGGAGAACAGGGUCAGCCGAAGUUUCGGAACCUAGCAACGAGGAAGAACUUUCCUACCCCGAGGGAGGCCUAGAAGCAUGGCUUGUGGUAUUUGGUUCAUUCUGCGGAAUGCUAUGUUGCUAUGGUUACAUGAACAGCAUCAGCACUUACCAGGCAUAUCUCUCCACUCAUCAGUUACGCGACUACAGCGGCAGUUCUACCGGAUGGAUCUUCAGCAUAUACAUAUCCCUGACCUUCCUUUGCAGCAUCUUCGUGGGGCCGAUCUUCGAUGCUCAGGGAUCCAGAGUUCUAGUUCUUGUCGGGAGCGCUCUGAUGAUGCUGAGUAUUAUGCUCAUGGGAGUGUGUACAGAAUACUAUCAAUUCCUCAUCACUUUCGGUAUUCUUGGGGGAGUUGGAACAUCCUUGGUCGUUACUCCAGCCACUACAGCCAUUGGUCAUUUCUUCAUGACCACACGUGGCUACGCUACUGGUAUCGCUUGCACAGGAGGGUCCGUUGGCGGUGUCGUCUUCCCAUUGAUGCUCGAAGCUCUCUUCCCAAAAGGCUGGGGCUGGGCGACCAGGAUUCAAGGUUUCGUAUUCCUCAUCCUGCUCACUCUCGCCAACCUCCUGAUUCGCGUCCGUCUCAAGCCAACCGUCAACGCAAAACUUUUCCCGCUGCCCAACCCAAGGAUCUUCAAGCAGGUGGAUUUUCUCAUCGUCACCGUCGCCGCUUUCUUCCUCGAAUGGGGUCUCUUUGUCCCCGUCACGUACCUCACCAGCUACUGCGUCAACUCUGGCGCUUUCAGUCCGACCUUUGCUUACCAAGUCAUCGCUAUCUACAAUUCGACUUCUACCGUCGGCCGAUGGCUCUCGGGUUGGCUCGCUGAUAAGUUUGGAGCAUACAAUGUCAUGAUUGUUAUGGCUUUCUUCUGCUCAAGCCUUUCACUUGGUCUGUGGCUCCCUGCAGCGGCCUUUGCGAACGGCAACGACUCGAUUACAGAGAACUCGGGUCUCGCAGGAUCUAUAUAUAGCCUCACAAUCGCAUAUGCCGUAUUGAUGGGCAUAGCUUCUGGCAGCAACAUCUCGCUGGCGCCCGUCUGCGUGUCCAAGCUCUGCGAUACGAGGCAAUAUGGAGAGUACUACGGCAUGUGCUACGCUGUCGUAGGUUUUGGUACGCUCGUGAGUGUUCCCAUCGCUGGAGCAAUUAUCGGAUCGGACCGGCUUUACUGGGCAGGAGCGUUAUUCUGCGGCCUGUGUUACACCAUUGCCCUGCUUGGUUAUAUUACAAUUCGAGUAGCUAAGGUAGGAUCUAACGUGGCAACUAAGUACUAA